CUGCUCUGAGGAAUGGGGGCGGUGGGAGGAGGAAGAGAGAGGACAGUGAAAUUUGAGGGAGAAUAGUGACUCUUCCCUACGUUCCCGAAGUCCCAUCUCUUGAACCAUCACUUCUAGAAGAGAAAAAUUAAAUUUGUUGGAUGUGGUGACAGCUGCGAGGAGCGCAAGACCUCUUUUCAGGUGAGGACCCUCCACAGCCUGUUCCGUCUACCCCUCCGAGUGCAUGUGUGCGCCGGCGGCGGCGGGGGGCGCGUGGUUUUGCGCGUGGAGCUUCCGCUGGGACCAGAGUGAAUGGCCGCCAGGGACUGUUCGGGGCUGCCGCCUCCGCCGCCUCCGCAGGCCUGGGUCUGGCCUGGAAAGAUGCUAGCCACGGGAGCGCUGGCAGGCUUCUGGGUCCUCAGUCUCCUCACCUAUGGUUACCUGUCCUGGGGCCAUGGCUUGGAGGAGGAGGAGGAAGGGGCCAUGCGAGGUCAAGCUGGAGAAAGACUGGAGCCGACCACAACCGCCACCUCCCAGCCCCAUCUCAUUUUCAUCCUAGCGGAUGAUCAGGGAUUUAGAGAUGUGGGUUACCACGGAUCUGAGAUAAAGACACCCACCCUUGACAAACUCGCUGCAGAAGGGGUUAAACUGGAGAACUACUAUGUCCAGCCUAUUUGCACACCAUCUAGGAGUCAGUUUAUUACUGGAAAGUAUCAGAUACACACGGGACUUCAACAUUCUAUCAUAAGACCUACCCAACCCAAUUGUUUACCUCUGGACAAUGCAACCCUACCUCAGAAGCUGAAGGAGGUUGGAUAUUCAACACACAUGGUUGGAAAAUGGCACUUGGGUUUUUACAGAAAAGAGUGCAUGCCCACCAAGAGAGGAUUUGAUACCUUUUUUGGUUCCCUCUUGGGAAGUGGCGAUUACUAUACGCAUUACAAAUGUGACAGUCCUGGGAUGUGUGGCUAUGAUUUGUAUGAAGAUGAUCAUGCUGCCUGGGACUAUGACAGUGGUGUAUACUCCACACAAAUGUACACUCAGAGAGUACAGCAAAUCUUAGCUUCCCAUAACCCCAGAAAACCUAUAUUUUUAUAUAUUGCCUACCAAGCUGUUCACUCACCACUGCAAGCCCCUGGCCGGUAUUUUGAGCACUACCGAUCCAUUAUCAACAUAAACAGGCGGAGGUAUGCUGCCAUGCUUGCCUGCUUAGAUGAAGCAAUCAACAACGUGACCCUGGCUCUGGAGACAUAUGGUUUCUAUAACAACAGCAUUAUUAUUUACUCUUCAGAUAAUGGUGGCCAGCCUACGGCAGGAGGAAGUAACUGGCCUCUCAGAGGUAGCAAAGGAACAUAUUGGGAAGGGGGGAUCCGGGCUGUUGGCUUUGUGCACAGCCCACUUCUGAAAAACAAGGGAACAGUGUGUAAGGAACUUGUGCACAUCACUGACUGGUAUCCCACUCUGAUUGCACUGGCUGAAGGACAGAUUGAUGAAGACAUUCAACUGGAUGGCUACGACAUCUGGGAGACCAUAAGUGAAGGCUUUCGUUCGCCCCGAGUGGAUAUUUUGCACAACAUUGACCCGAUAUACACCAAGGCGAAAAAUGGCUCGUUGGCAGCAGGCUAUGGGAUCUGGAACACCGCAAUCCAGUCAGCCAUCAGAGUGAAGCACUGGAAACUGCUGACGGGAAACCCUGGAUACAGUGACUGGGUUCCCCCUCAGUCUUUCAGCAACCUGGGACCGAAUCGGUGGCACAAUGAGCGGAUUACCUUGUCAACUGGCAAAAGUAUAUGGCUUUUCAACAUCACAGCUGACCCCUAUGAGAGAGUGGACCUAUCUAACAGGUAUCCUGGAAUUGUGAAGCAGCUGCUACGGAGGCUCUCUCAGUUCAACAAAACUGCAGUACCUGUCAGGUACCCCCCUAAAGACCCUAGAAGUAACCCUCGGCUCAAUGGAGGAGUCUGGGGACCCUGGUAUAAAGAGGAACACAAGAAAAAGAAGCCAAGCAAAAAGAAAGCUGAGAAAAAGCAGAAAAAAAGUAAGACAAAGAAGAAGAAACAACAGAAAGCGGGCUCGUUUCUAAAUUGUCAUUCAGGUACUACUCGUGGAUAA